ACUCUAUGGUGCGAGAGGGGGGCGCUCUGGCCUUUCGUCUCUGUGGUGCGGAGGCCCCGAGGCGGGACGGGGUGUCAUGGCAGCGGGCAGCUCCGCCUGUCCUUCAGCUUUUGCAGUUUUGGGGUGAAAACUGAACUGUCUGCUGUCCACACAACUGAUGGAAGAGCAGAAUUCUGUAGUCCAGGUUCCACACCUCCAAGAGCCAUCUGCCUUUAUUUAUGCUGAUAGUUUGUGCCAUUCAGACGGAGCUAUAGUCACAACUCAAGAUGCCACUCUUCUUCCGUAAGAAGAAACCCAGUGAAGAUGCUCGGAAGCGCCUUGAAUACCAAAUGUGCCUGGCAAAAGAGGCUGGCGCCGAUGAUGUUCUUGACAUAUCCAAAUGUGAACUGUUAGAGGUUCCAUAUGGGGCCUUUGCAACUUGUAAAGUCUUGCAGAAAAAGGUGCUGAUUAUUCAUACAAAUAAUCUUACAUCUUUAGUUCCAAAGUCGUGUAGCCUCCUGAGUCUCAUAACUGUGAAGGUUCUAGAUCUGCAUGACAACCAGCUGGCAUCACUUCCUACUGAUAUUGGUCAGCUGACAUCUCUUCAGGUCCUAAACCUUGAAAGGAAUCUCUUAAAAUGUCUUCCACAAUCUAUAGGGGAUCUUGCCCAGCUCCAGGUCCUCAAUGUGAAAGGCAACAAGCUGAGGGAGCUGCCUGCUACAGUGAGUGGUCUGAGGAGUCUGCGCACUCUGAAUAUCAGUGAGAACCUCCUGCAGGAGCUGCCAAGAGUGCUGGCUCACAUCCGCACGCUGGAGACACUGACCCUGGAUGCUUCUUCCAUGACCUACCCGUCACCUGAUAUUUGCAGUGCAGGUACAGAGUCCAUUCAGCAGUUCCUCUGCAAAGAGUGUGGAAUUGCAUACUACCCACCUUCAGAGUAUGUGCUCCCUGUGCUGGAGAGUGAUGGAGGAGAAACAUCAGUGGAUGGGGUGGACAGGACAGUGCACAGAUACUUGGAGGAGGAGAGCAAGUGGCAGAACAAAUUCUCAGACUAUGAGAAGAGGAAGGAAAAAAAAAUGCAGGAGAAGCUUGAAUUUGAGCGGCGCUUGAACAUGGGGCAAAGAGAACACGCGCUGCUUGUUCAGCAGAUCAACAAUCAGAAGGAUGAGAUACUGCAGACAGUAAGAGAGGAUCAGAUGAGGUUGGAAGAGGGCCUGACAAAGCACCAGCGCCAUUUGGAGGAGGAGCGCCUGAAACUGCUGCAGCAGCUGAAGCAAGCAGAGCAAGGCAUUGCCAGCCGUAUCCAGAAGCUGAUAGAGGACAAUCAGAGGCAAAAGCAAAGUUCAGACAUCCUGAAAUCCUUGGAGAAUGAGAGAAUAAGGAUGGAACAGCUGAUGGCAAUCACACAGGAGGAGACAGAGCAUCUGCGCAGAAGGGAAGUGGCCUCUGCCAUGCAACAAAUGCUGGCUGAGAGCUACAAGAACAAGCUCAUCCAAAUGACCUAUGAAUCUCGUCGGCAAGACCUUGUCAGCCAGGCCUGCUCCAGCCUUGCUGAGAUGGAUCAGAAGUUCCAGCAAAUCCUGGCUUGGCAACAGAUGGAUCAGAACAAAGCUGUUAGUCAGAUCUUACAGCAGAGUGAGAUGCAGAAAGCUGCCUUUGAAGCUCUCCAAGUGAAGAAGGAUCUUAUGCACAGACAGAUCAGGAACCAGAUUAAAUUAAUAGAAACAGAGUUAUUGCAGCUGACACAGCUGGAGUUAAAGAGGCAAGAACUGGACACAGAGACGCUGCAGGGGGUGAUCAUGGAGCAACGCCGAGCACUUGGUUACCUGCUGCAGCAGCUGCUCAAAGAAAAGAAGCAAAGGGAAGAAGAAUUGCAACAAAUCCUGUUGGAAAUGGAAGCAAAGAGUGAAACCAAACAGGAGAACUACUGGCUGAUCCAGUACCAGCGCCUGCUGAACCAGAAGCCACUCUCCCUGAAACUCCAGGAGGAGGGCUUGGAGAAGCAGCUGGUGAACCUUUUAAUCGAGCUGUCAGCUGAACAGUAUGUGCCUGUCUUUGCACACCAUCGAAUUUCCUUGGAAGUGCUCAACACCAUGACUGCCAGUGACCUGGAAAAGAUGGGCAUUGCAGAGACUGGCCUGCAGCGUGCCAUCCUCAGGCGGGCGCAGGAGAUCCUGGCUGUAGCAAAGACAAUCCCAGAGCUGCUGAGGACGGUGGACGCCGAGGUCCCUGCAGCCACACAACCCAGUGCCCCUGAGGAGGAGACCCCGAGUUCUGUGGUCCCCACUGCUCCCCUGCUGCAGUGGGAUGAGAAGAAGUCAGAGUGCGUUGUCUGCAUGGAGCAGGAGGCCCAGAUGAUUUUCCUGCCUUGUGGCCAUGUGUGCUGCUGCCAGACCUGCUGCAAGAGGCUACAGACCUGUCCCCUGUGCCGUGGGGACAUCACUCAGCACGUCCGCAUCUUCUACAGCAGCUAGGCAGGCUGGAGGAAGGCAUGGCUGCCCAGCACCACCCUCAUCACUCCGUCCCAGGGCAGGGCUCCUCUAUCAGUAUUAAAUACACUCUCACAGCAUGACCAGUGCUGCCCUCUCCCUGCACACAGCCCCGGCUGGCUGCUGGAUGCACCCAGAGCUCUCAGCUCUCAGCACCAUCCCGGUGGUUUUCCAGGCUUUGGCUUGGGUUCUUCAUCUGCGUGCACCAUCCAGCCUGGGAGCACUGGGUGAUGGCAUUGGGUAUACUGGUGCUUGCUCCUCUCUGGCUAUAUAUUUGCCAUUGGAAUUGCCUGUUGCUCAGCAGGGACACAGUGCCAUUGCUUCUGAAGCCACCGGGCCCCUGCAGCUGCUGUAUGAUGGCCAUGGACUGCCAUUCUUCUGCUCUGGUGAAUUCUCCUCCAAGAGAAUAGAAUUGUCCAGGGCCUCGUUAAUGCUUUGGGAGGCUGAGAGUGCCUUGCUUGUGUGUUGUUGCCAUAGGCAAGACUUCUGCUCUUGCAGGCAGUGGCAGCAUGGCUGGGGGGCUGCAGCAGGAGGCAGGGCAGAGUGAGGUGCUUCCCCUCCCUCACUGUCAAUCCCAUUGAAGAGCAGCAUCUGCAGCAGCUUCACAACCAGUGCUUGAGAGACAGCUCUGGCUAGAAGACAUUCCUCACUGAGAUGUGUUGUGUGGGGGAAAUGUUCCUGCCACAGAGUUCCAGCUCUGCCUCGUGUGCGUGUGUUGGCAUCUGGGUUGUUCCCCAUUGUCAUUAAUAAGUAACGAUCCCAGUGGGGCUUUUAGUCUCUUGACCUCAAGUAUAAAACACAGAGAUAAGUCUGGUCCUGCUGCAGCCCUUUCCCCCAGGAGAAGCUAUUAAAUACAGCUGGUUCCUGCUGGUUGUUCGAUCCCUUUUUAUUGCCCCAUGCCUGGCUGUCCCAGUAGCACCUCCUCCUGGCCCAGAUAAAGACACGGAAAAAUCUGAUGAUUUGGACGCAGUACCGAUGACUUCCAGACAGCUGGAGACCUCAGGGACCUCUGCUGCCAUCGUGUUCUGUUUACUGUGCUCUGGCAGAGCAUCCAUGCAGCACCACAGCCUGGAAAUGGGGCUGGCAGGGAGCCGGGCGCUGCCAGGAAAGCAGCGGUGUGAGAGCCCUGAUGGCUGCGCCUCUGUUUGCACGGAGCUGUGACCGCAGGGAACGGGCAGGUCCGUUCCGGAGCCUUUAGCACCUUUAGCACACAGCGCAGAGGGGCUCAGCCUCGCGUCCCCUCGCCUGGCAGGGCAUGGAGGUGCCCGGCAUCUCGUGGGGAUGGGAGCAGUGGGGUGCCAGCUGGUGGGGCAGCAGGGCGGCUGGCAGCUCACAGCGCUGCUCUCGUGUUGCCCCGCGGGGAGGAGUUGUCACAGCUGCUCUCAUCGAGGUGCCAGCGGCUGCCGGCUGACUCCGGUGUUCCCGAGGAGGUGGUAAUGAGUGACGAGCCCUCGGGCAAGGUCCGCUGCCUGCCCAUAACGCACUGUGCCAGGAAAGCCCGGGGCAGGAGGAGCUGCCAUCAUCCCCAGGGCCAGCCCUGCUCAGCUGCACAGGGGGACCCCAGGUUAGGGGUGAUGUGAUGCUGAGCACUGACGGCCCCUGGGCUGGGCACGCAGGGCUCGGUGAGCUCGUUGUAAAACAAAACAAGACCAACACGUUGUGCUUAAGGAAUACUUGGAAUAUCGUGGUUCCGUAAAGGAAAAGAAGGAAAGAAGCAUUUUGUUUCACGGACCGUGGGCAGAUAACUUAUCACGUGGCCGCGCACUGGGGUUGGUCAUCCAUCAUUACGCACCACCGGAGGGAACGCUGGCUCCGUCUCCUGCUUUCGGGGCCACCGGGGCACCCGGAGCUCCACAGCAGCCCCGGGCAGCGGAGGAGGAGCCGGAGCAGCGCCGCCGGGCACCCCGGGGCCGGGCUGAAGUUCAGCCCCCGCCUUCCAGGGCACGGCCGGCAGCGGCCUCCGGCCUUCAAAAGCACGAGCAGCCGCGUGGCGCUGCCCGGGAGCGGCAUGGCGGCGGGGCCGGAGAGCGGCGGGGAGUGCGGGAUCUGCUAUGAGGCGUACCGGGGCGUCAGGGCGCCCCAGCGGCUGCCCUGCAGUCACUCCCUCUGCCAGAACUGCCUGCGCAAGCUGGUGUGCCGCGCUGCCUCCGUCGCCUUCGUCAGCUGCCCCUUCUGCAGGACGGUGACGCUGGUGCCCGAGAUGGCCCCGGGAGGCCGCGGGUUGACGCCGAUCCCGGGGACCCCGCACCGCACCCAGCUCACGGCCGGGGAGGAGGAGGAAGAGGAUGAAGGCAGCGGUGCCCAUCGGGCCUCAAGGCGCUCCGUGGCCUUGGAGGUGGCCUGCGCAGCCCACGCUCCCAUCUUUACGGUGAGCGGCAUGGUGGCCCCCUGCAGCCUCCGCCGUGGCCCCGAGGCACCGGGAGCCUUCGUGCUGGGGCUGCCAGGCAGGGGGCUGCUGCUGGACUCGCAGCCGCCCCUCACCUCCGUGGAGAACCUGCGCCUCGGCUUCGCCGCCGGCAUCCUCAUCCUCAUCGUCGCCACCUUCUUCCUGCUCGUCUUCCUCAAGUAGCACGGAAGGCUCAGGGCCGGCGCUGCGGACCCCACCAUCCCCUGUUGGGGCCCGGCUCGCCUCCAGGCAGCAGCACGGACCCGCAGCCGGGUCAGGAAUUCGGGCUCAGGCCCGGUGCACGCAUCGGAUCGCAGUGAGGUGGGGGCAGGACGGGGGCUCCGCUUCCCCCAGGAUCGGCCCCGUGCCGUGGGAGCUGCAGCGCGCUCAGCCGUGGCCGUGCGGCACCAACGUGGACCCCAGGGCAUCAGACUUACUAAAAAUUAACAGGUUUCAUGCUUUCCUUCACCCCCUGGGACCUGGCUGUGCUCACGCUGCGUUUAUGACUUUCCCGGAGCCUGCGGCCAUCCCGGCAGCGGGAGUCACAACACCCUGGAACAUUCCUUGGGCUGCAUCCACGCCCGGCAUCCCGGCGGGAGGGCCGUGGGCAGCGGGGGCUGCGGCUGUGCCGCCCCGCAGGGCGCUGAGGGCGAUCCGCAGGGAUCUGCAGUGCCUUGGUGCGCUUCAGGGGUCAGAGAUGGGCAUCACCCAGCCCAGCUGGCUGCGAGGACCACAGGAGAUGGGAUGGGAAAGGUCUGUGCUGUUUUUCUGUUGGCGAAAUGUUGUCAAAAAGCAACUUCCUGUGCUUUCUCCCUGCGGUGCUCAGAGCAGAGCCAAGGCCCCACAGUGGGCGCAGGGACGUGGCAGCUGGGGAAGGGCAGCAGGGAAAGAUGAGAUAUUAAAAAUGCACAUUGGUCCAGA